GGGGAUUUCCUUGCUUUUUUCCCUUGACAGGCGAAUGACAACACCACCACGGCCCUCUUCCUUAAUCGCAGCUGGUUACAACCGCUCUAGAAAAGUAGUUUGUAGCUAGAGAGUACUUCCUUUAUGUGCCACUGGGUGCGACGGGAGGAUGGCAGAUGACAAGGACGUGCUGCGAGACGUUUGGUUUGGUCGGAUUCCGACCUGCUUCACACUUUACCAGGAUGAGAUCACAGAGAGAGAGGCCGAACCCUUCUAUCUCCUCUUGCCAAGGGUGAGCUACCUGACUCUGGUCACAGACAAGGUGAAAAAGCACUUCCUGAAGGUCAUGAAGGCCGAGGACGUAGAGGAGAUGUGGUUUGAUUUCGAGGGAACCUCACUCAAAUGGCACUAUCCAAUUGGAUUACUGUUUGACCUGCAUGCCUCCAACACUGCCCUGCCCUGGAGCAUCACUGUGCACUUUAAGAAUUUCCCAGAGCGUGACCUGCUCCACUGCCCCUCUAACUCUGUGAUCGAGGCCCACUUCAUGUCCAGCAUCAAGGAGGCGGAUGCCCUCAAACACAAGAGCCAGGUCAUCAACGACAUGCAGAAGAAAGACCACAAGCAGCUGUGGAUGGGCCUGCAGAACGAUAAGUUUGACCAGUUCUGGGCCAUGAACCGUAAGCUGAUGGAAUACCCCACAGAGGAGGGAGGCUUUCGCUACAUCCCCUUCAGGAUAUACCUGACGAUGAGUGACAGGCCGUUCAUCCAGAAGUUGUUUCGCCCCAUAUCGACCGACGGCUACACACACACGCUGGGGGAUCUGCUGAAGGAGGUGUACCCCGUGGCCAUAUCCAACGACGACGAGUCCAAGCACUACCAGGUGGUGAUCCAUGGGAUUGAGCCCCUGCUGGAGACCCCGUUGCAGUGGCUGAGCGAGCACCUCAGUCACCCUGAUAACUUUCUCCACAUCAGCGUCAUACCCACGCCUAGCGACUGACACCUCUGGCAAAGUUUGGUAACACCCGGCAACUGGGAAAGUUGCAAAAUCCGAACGGACUCUUUAGAGAGCAGGAAAACCCACGUGACUGGGGGCGAAGAGUGACGCAAUCGCAGUGUGAUGUCAUCUCAUUCAACUUGUCCCAAAAAGGAGCCCACCAGGAGAAAAUGUACCGUUUUCUGUUUUCCUUCUCUUUUCCUCUCCUCCUUCGCACUCUGUCUCUUUUGGACCUUUACCUGUUUGGGGAAAGUUGUUCCGCCCAAAAUGUGGAAGGCCAAACUGAAAGAGAGUUCAUCUGUUUAAAAAGAGAGGCAGGGAGAUUCUGCUUACCACCUCCUCUCUCCUCUUCCUCCUCCUAGAGAAAGAGACAGGGCCCAGACAUGCCUAGUGGGACCCUCUACAAACAGAAGUCGCCUUAGUUUUCCCGAGUCACAUCAUGAGCUACACGGCUGGACGUUCAUGAAGUCACAACUGAGUUUACACACUUGUACUGUAUGCCACUGAGGAGUGAAAGGGGAUUUUUAAAGACACUUCACUUCUUCAUUCUUUGUCUCUUGCUCUCUGUCUGUCUGUAUAUUCUCCCAUCUUCCUCUCUCACUGUAUUUCCUGUUUCUUUCUUCUCUCUCUUCCUCCCUCCCCCUCUUUCUCUCUCGUGUCAUUUACUGCCGAUGCUCUCUCUCAUCUCCAUAGCUAAUUAUCUAUUGGAAUUCCUCCUGCUACUAAUGAGACCGCUAAACUCCUGUCUCCAUGCCAAGCCUUGGGGUUGUGUGAGUCUGUGUGUUGUAAUUGGAGACAUCAUUUAAAGUCUCCUAGAGGGACAUGGAGGGGGUGAGGAAGGUGUGAAGAGUCCGAAUGGAAUCCUGUCUGUCUUCUCUCUUGCGUGUCUCGUGUCAAAGGGAGACGGGGCCAGACAUGUAAUUUGGAGUGUGUUGUUACAGUCGAAGGGGAGGGAAACUUGUGAUGUCACACCUGUCUAAUCACGUCAGGCUUCCUCAUUCGCCGCCUAGGAGGAUGGGAUAGACGAGUUUACAGCUCUGAGUCAGCGCUGGGCUCGACGUGGGGUACUGUCUAAGGGGUAGGCAUGUGCAUACGUGUGUGUAUGUACAUGUGUGUAUGGGUACCUUUUACACAUUUUGUUGUUACAAAGUGGGAUUCAAAUGGAUUUCAUUGUCAUUUUUGGUCAAUGAUCUACACAAAACACUCUGUAAUGUGAAAGUGGAAGAAAAAUUGUAACAUUAACAAAAUACAAAAAAAUGUAACACUACUAUAUCUUGAUAAGUAUUCUCCCCCCUGAGACUACAUGUUAGAAACACCUUUGGCAGUGAUUACAGCUGUGAGUCUUUUUGGCUAAGUCUAUAAGAGCUUUGCACACCUGGAUUAUACAAUAUUUGCCCA